AUGAUUUUAAUUUUCAUGACUAUUGAGCUAUAUCCACAGUUGAAUGGACUAACAGCUAUCGGUAUAUCAACAUUACUCUCUGUGUUGUUUGUCGGUGGCGACAUUGACUUGCGUUGGCUAAGAAACUAUGUAAUUGGACCUAUUGUUGAAGAGGUUGUCUAUCGUUCCUCUAUUUGUCCGAUUCUUUACUUUGCAGGAUUCAGUUCAACCAACAUCAUUUUGUUCUCACCAUUACUCUUUGGUCUUUCACAUCUCCAUCAUAUCUAUCCACUUAGAAAGAGACGUUCCGAUAAUAUUAAUAGAAUAGUAACAAGUUGUAAGUUAAUAUAA